AUGCCCACCAUCAGCAUGGGAACUCAGUUACAGAUGUCUCAGGGCGUGUGUGGUCGUGUGGACGGGCUAGUGAAUCCACGGAAACCUAGCGCCAGCCUCAGCACAAGUCGUGCUAAAUUGGGCCUAAACCAUUGGUUCCCUGUCUUGAGCCACACAAAAAUCUCCCCGAUCCAACCCAAACACACACUUGACUUGGCUGGCCCCGUCAUGGCAUCGUUCUGCGCCGCAUCGGCCCAAAAGACCCUGGAGGCUGUCAGACUACCGGUGUUGGCGUCAAUCGACGCCCCAAGAUCCAAACCUGCUCUCCCUCCUGCAUUUCGACUCUCCCGCCUCCCGCGCGAUCCCUCCUCUGAUAUCACCAGCACCGAAGCAGACCCGCCGCUAGCUGGCACCACGAUCAGUCCGGCUAGCACCAGCACCAGCAGCCCUGGGUACCGGCACAGCUUGCUGCCCGGCCCUUCUUCGACUACUGCUGCUGCUGCUGAGACUACUGCCCUGCACACCGACGACAGAGGAGGGAGUGCCAGCACAUCGACGCCCACGGUUCGCACCACCGCCCCCGCGCAAGAGCCUGCAUCGGUACCGGCGGAGCAGGAGCAGUACGAGCUCGCAGACUACACAGAAGUCCGGCGCCGCAGGGACCGCGAGGAGCAGGACAGAGCAGAGGAGGUCAAGAGGGCCGAGAAGCGCCGCUGGCUCGACGAGCAGGACGACAUGAAGUUCUCGCACAGCAUCCAGUUCAAUGCCGUUCCGGACUGGAGCAGUCAUUACAUCGCGUACAGCAACCUCAAAAAGCUGAUAUACCAGCUCGAAAAGGUCGUCCAUCAGGCUGCUGGCACCGAUGCCGAGUCAAGACCCCUCAUCCAGACUGAAGACCCCGAGGCCGUCUUCAUCAGGGCGCUCGACGUCGAACUCGAGAAGAUCUCGUCCUUCUAUGGAGUCAAGGAGCAGGAGCUCAUCGACGACGUGAAUGCGAUCCUCAAGGACGUCGGCGUAUUCGAGCUGGACAACGAGAAUGGCGAGGGCGGCCGCUCUCCCUUCAACGACAACCAGAACAACCGCCACCGCCGGCAGAGCGUACAGAGCCGCCAGUCUACCGAAGAUGGAGUAGAAGACGAUAGUGACGACGACGGCGACGAGACCACGGGCCUCACGCGCAAGAGGAGGUGGAGCGGUGGAGGGGGUGCUGGCACCGGUGGCCCGCGGCGCAGGACGGUACACAACAUCGGCGGGCCUGCGACGGAUAUGACGGCGUCUACCGAGAUGACCAGGUCCUUCCGCCGGUACAGCGUGACCGUCGACGACUUUGACGACCAGGCCGUCCUGUUCUCGACGGGCAUCAUGCUCAAGAAGCGCAUCAUCAGCCUCUACGUGCAGCUCUGCGAGCUCAAGUCCUACGUCCAGCUGAACAAGACCGGCUUCCGCAAGGUCCUGAAAAAGUUCGACAAGAUCAUCGACAAGUCCCUGCGGCCCAAGUACAUGGCCUCUUAUGUCGAGACGGCCUAUCCCUUCCGGCCCGAGAGCAUGAAGACCAUCGAGGAGAACAUCUCCAAGAUGGAGCAGGCCUACACGGCUAUCGUCACCGAUGGCGACGUCGAGGCGGCGAAGCGCGACCUGAGGUCACACCUCCGUGAGCACGUCGUCUGGGAGCGCAAUACCGUCUGGCGAGACAUGAUCGGUCUCGAGCGCCGCGCCGAGGCGGCCAGUCUGGGACGAGCUUUGUUGGGAAUAGAGAAUGACCCGAUCAAGACCAGACUGCAGGGCGACGACGAGCAACUUCCCUCUAUGAAGGUGAUCAGGACACCGUUGGGUCGCCUCAGUUGUCCGGUCUGGCUGGUCAGCCCUGGACUGCUCAACAUCCUCAUCAUCCUUGCCGUCUUCCUCCUGCUCGUUCUCCUGCCCAUCAUGGACAGGCCCGAGGAGCAGAACUGCCUCGCCCUGCUGGUCUUUGUCAGUCUGCUGUGGGCGACGGAGGCGAUCCCGCUGUUCGUCACGUCCCUCAUGAUCCCUUUCCUUGCCGUCCUGCUGCGAGUGUUCCGUUCGGAGGACGCGCCGCACAAGAGGCUGGACGCGAAGCCAGCUACUGCCUACGUCUUCGCGGCCAUGUGGACGCCGGUGAUCAUGCUGCUGCUCGGCGGCUUCACGAUCGCGGCGGCCCUGUCCAAGUGCACUAUCGACAAGCGCAUUGCCACCUUCGUCCUCAGCAAGGCGGGCACGCAGCCCAAGACCGUGCUGAUUGCCAACAUGCUCGUCGCUGCCUUUGCGAGCAUGCUCAUCAGCAACGUUGCCGCCCCUGUGCUGUGUUUCUCAAUCAUUGAGCCGAUGCUUCGUAACCUGCCCUCGGACUCCAACAUGUCCAAGGCUGUUAUCAUGGGCAUCGCCCUCGCCUCCAACAUUGGCGGCAUGCUCUCGCCCAUCGCCUCUCCGCAGAACGUAGUCGCCAUCGGCAUCAUGAAGCCCGAGCCGACCUGGCUGCAGUGGUUCUUCAUCGUCAUCCCCGUGGGCAUCCUAUCGCUAGUGCUGAUCUGGAUGCUGCUGCUCGUCACCUUCCAGCCGGGCCGGAACACGACCAUCGUGCCGAUCCGGGCCGUCAAGGAGAAGUUCACGGGCCUGCAGUGGUUCGUGUCGGUCGUGACCAUCGCGACCAUCGGCCUGUGGUGCGCGAGCAGCCAGCUCGAGGAUGUCUUUGGCGACAUGGGCGUCAUCGCCAUCAUCCCGAUCGUGCUGUUCUUCGGCAUCGGCAUCCUAACCAAGGAGGACUUCAACAACUUCCCCUGGACCAUCAUCAUUCUCGCGGCGGGGGGCCUGUCGCUGGGCAAGGCGGUCAAGUCGUCGGGCCUGCUCAACACGGUGGCCACGGCCAUCUCGCGGCAGGUCGAGGGCAUGGGCCUGUACGUCGUGCUCAUCGUCUUCUCGGCGCUGAUCCUGGUCAUCGCCACCUUUAUCAGCCACACGGUCGCGGCCCUGAUCCUGCUGCCGCUCGUGUACGACGUCGGCGCGGGCAUGGAGGAGCCGCACCCCAACCUGCUGGUCAUGGCGGGCGUGCUCAUGUGCAGCGCCGCCAUGGGCCUGCCCACGAGCGGCUUCCCCAACAUGACGGCCAUCAUGAAGGAGGACCCCGCGGGCCAGAGGUACCUGCGCGUCAGGCACUUUAUCAGCCGCGGCGUGCCGAGCAGCGCCCUUACGCUCGUCGUCGUUGUGACGGUCGGGUAUGGGCUCAUGAGGGUGUCGGGGAUGUAA